AUGAUUCUAUCUAUUGCUUUAUUAAUAAAUAAUCUUAUUUUAUUCGUUCUUGAAACUAUUGGUUAUCAUACUUGUCAUAGUGUGGUUAUACUUCUUGAUGGUUAUUAUCAUCUUUGCCAGGCUAUAUUAUGUACAGUACGAAUAGUUUCACGAUUGAUGAACGGUUUUAAUCGUGUGCGUUCAACACUACGUCGUACACUAUUUUCAUCGAAUGAUAAUAGUUCAAGUCCAAAUACGACACGACGAGAAGAUUUCCCAAUAUUAAAUCGUCAUUUAUCAUCUUAUGAACGUUUUGAUUUAUCAACGGGUAGUCAAGGAGCAUCAUCAACAUCUUUAAAUAAUAUAAAUCCAACUAUUAAUUCACACAUACCAAUUAUUGAAACAAGUAGUGAUGGAGUUGAAUUCUUACCACAUAAUUCUAAACGUACAUUACGUACAAUUCCGGGCGUCUUCUGUCCUAUUGCUUUAUCAAUGUUUUCAAUAUCAUUAUUUAUGCGUAUGGGAUUUGUUGUUGCUAAUGCCGGAGUUUUACAAACAUUAUUACAGUUUGGUCUUUGUUUUAUUAUACUUUUUUGUACGUUGUUAAGUGUUUGUUCAUUAGCAACAAAUGGAGCUAUUGAAGGUGGUGGAGUUUAUCAUAUGAUAUCACGAGCAUUAGGACCAGAAUUUGGUGGUUCAAUAGGUGUUUUAUUUUUCUUUGCAAAUGUUAUUGGUAAUGGACAAAGUGUUGCAGCUCUUGUGGAAGCAUUAGUUGCUAGUUUUGGACCAGGAAGUAAAGCAAAUGUUUUUGAAGAUUCACAUUGGUGGAGAUUUUUAUAUGGAACAAUAAUUAAUAUAAUAAGUCUUAUAACAUGUUUACUUGGUUCAUCAUUAUUUUCUAUGGCAACAUUUUUUACAUUUAUUCUUGUUUGCUUUGUAUAUCUUAUGGUUGUUGUUUCAUUUUUUGUUAAAAGUCCAACACAACUAUUAAUACCAAAAGUGAAUACAUAUCUUUACGAACAACAAGCAUUACUGUAUAAUAGAACGGAUUUAAUUUAUGGAAAUUAUACAGGUUUUAGUGCAGCAACAAUGCGUGAAAAUACAUAUGCAAAUUAUACAGUUGAUUAUACAACUGGCGAUACAAUGGAUUUUGCUACUGUUUUUGGUGUAUUAUUUUCGAGUAUAACUGGUCUAUUAGCUGGAGCAAAUAUGUCUGGUGAAUUAAAACGACCAAGUCGAAGUAUUCCUACAGGAUCAAUAACAGCUCUUCUAUUUGUAUUUUUCAUUCUUAUCACAGAAGCGCUAUUCAUGGCUGCUACAACUAGCAGAUUUGUUUUAACUAAUAAUUAUUUAUUUUUACAAGAUAUUAAUAUCUGGGAACCAUUUGUAGUUAUUGGUAUAAUAUCAGCAACAUUUUCAGCAUGUUUAUCAGGUCUUGUUGGUGCAUCGAGAAUAUUAGAAGCAUUAGCAGUUGAUGAAAUUUUUGGUCCAUUAUUUCAUUGGAUUCGUGGUGGAACAACUCGUCAUGGAAAUCCAUGGGCUGCUGUCAUAUUUACAUUUAUUCUUGUACAAUUAACUUUAUUAAUUGGUUCAAUGAAUAAAAUAGCUCCAAUUGUCACAAUAUUUUUUCUUUUGGCUUAUUUUGCAGUUAACUUAUCUUGUCUAGCACUUGAUUUAGCAUCAGCACCAAAUUUUCGACCAACAUUUAAAUAUUUCUCUUGGCAUACAGCUUUAAUUGGUGCUGUUGGAUCGAUUAUCAUGUGUUUUAUAGUUUCGGCUGCUUUUGCUUCGAUUGCUAUCGGAGUUUUAAUUGGUUUUAUUUGCAUGUUACAUCUAAGAGAUUUCCCUCGAGCGUCAUGGGGUUCAAUAUCGCAAGCUCUUAUUUUUCAUCAGGUGCGAAAAUAUCUUCUCUUACUUGAUCCACGUAAAGAACAUGUGAAAUUUUGGCGACCACAAAUGCUAUUACUAGUUUCUAAUCCUCGUUCUGCAAUUAAUUUAAUUGAUUUUGUUAAUGAUAUGAAAAAAGGUGGUCUUUUUAUAUUAGGACAUGUUAAAACUGGUCAUAUGGAUAAUGGAUCAAAUGAUACAUGUUCACAAGAAUAUCCUUAUUGGGUAUCAUUAAUUGAUAAUAUGAAAAUUAAAGCAUUUGUUGAUAUGACAUUAGCACCAAGUAUUCGCGAUGGUGUUUUACAAUUAAUGCGAUUGUCAGGAUUAGGUGGUCUUCGUCCGAAUACAGUUAUUCUUGGUUUUUAUGAUAAUGCGGUACCAGAAGAUAAAUUACGUCAUCGUUCAUUUUUCAAAAAACGCUGGCUUAAAACUAAUGCUCCACUCAAUGCUAUGGCUACACCUGCAUUUCAUCAACAACCAAUAAUACAACCUGGUACAAUGGAAGGUGCUAGUACAAUAACAUUGAAUUCAUUUAAUAGUUCGGCAACAAUAAAUGGCAAUGAUAUGUAUCCGUUAUUUAAUUUUGGAGAAUUACGUCAAGAAAAUGAAGAAAAAGUACUUGAUGUUCAUUCAUAUGUACAAAUAAUAAAAGAUGCAUUAAAUCUUAAUAAAAGUAUUUGUCUUGCUCGAAAUUUUCAUCAAUUACAAAAAGAUGAUAUUGAAUCAAAUAGACGAAGAGUUUUUGUUGAUAUCUGGCCGGUUAAUUUUAUCUUUCCGGAAACAUCAACACAAUUUGAUGUAACAUGUCUUUAUAUGCUUCAAUUAGCUACAAUUUUAUCAAUGGUUAAACCAUGGAAAACUCGUGCUACAUUACGUGUUUUUCUUUGUAUUGAUGCAAUAAAUGAUAAUGCACUACGUACUCAACAACAUCUCGAUGAAUUACUUAGUCAACUUCGUAUAAAUGCUCAAACACGUAUGAUUGCAUGGGAAAAUGUAACAAGUCUAUUGAAUAAUCCUUCAACAACAAAUGAUAGUGCAGCAACAAUAUCUGUUGAACAACAAACAACAGCACCACCGCCACCACCACCAACAGCAUCAGCAGCAGCAGCACCAACAAGUUCAUUUGUUGAUAUUAAAGAUGAUUAUAUACGUGGUGUUAAUGAAUUAAUUCGACAGCAAUGUGAUAAUACAUCAUGUCUUUAUUUAUAUUUACCACGACCACCGAAAGACAAAAUACUAUCACAACGUUAUAUACGUGUUUUAGAUAUUUUAUCAAAUGAUUUACCACCUGUUAUGUUUGUACAUGGUGUUUCAUCUGUAACAUGUACUCAAUUAUAA